CACCUGUGUGCCUGUCCCUGACCCUAUUACCCCUCGAAAACUUACAUCUUGACAAUAAUCAUUACCGGUACCUUCUAACACUCAUGGCUGACUUCCCCCCGAUCGACGCGGCCUUCACUGAGCCUAACGAUUACCGCGUGCCACGAGAGUACCUGAAAGAGCUUGCCAAAUUUCACGGCAAUCAUACGUAUCCUUACACUUGGGGCUUUGUUAUCUUCCGCACCGUCUAUACCUACGGGUCAGACGAGGCCUUCGCCAAGGCACUCGAGCGUCUCGAUGCAUACGCUAGAUAUGAGGCAUACCAGGAUCUUCGCUCGAAAUUUUACCACGAAGCGCCUCGGGAUCCCGCCGUGAACCAGGAGCUCUUUCGUCGUUAUUAUAAUGUUAUUCUCGAGGAUAAAGAUAAGCUCGCUAAUGCUAGCGUUGAUGAGGUGGGGAAGCGGUUUGACGCCUGGAUCGAAUCGAAUCUCACGGCCGAAGCUACGAAGCAGAGAGACCCACGCCUGAACUGCCGCUUUCGGUACUGCGUCAUGAUGGACCAGCAGAGUAUAGACAACAUUCUCGCCUUGCCAGAGGAUCCCGAUACUAGUCCUUAUGAUGAUCCGCAGAAGCUGGACCGCUGGAUCAAGCUCGUCUCUAGCGAACAGCGACCUGAUGGCAGAUUCUGGCUGCGCGUGGGUGUCGACGGCUUACUAUGGGCCUUCUGGUUCGGCUCCGAAGAUCCAGAUAAUCUGAUAGAGGAGGUGGCGUGGGAGGACGAGGUCGACGGGGUGCUCAACUACUGGGGGAACGCGCUUCAGGGGUUUCAUGUGUAGGGUGACUACCCUAUGUCGGUGUUGACGAGGAAUUUUGAUCAAAUCUAUCAA